UAUACCACCCCAGUCUUCUUUUCUUCUGACUGGUUCAAUAAGUAUUGGGAUACCUUGGAGGUGGACGACUACCGCCGCUUCGUCUACAUGGAACCCAAAGACUCAUGGACGCCAUUCCACACUGAUGCGUUUUGCUCCUACAGCUGGUCAGUGAAUAUCUGUGGCAGGAAAAAAUGGCUCCUAUUUCCCCGCCAAGAAGAGUUUCUACAAGACAGCCAUGGCAACCUUGCUUAUGACAUCACUACUCCCGAGCUUCAAGACAAGGGGCAGUUCCCACACUCUGUUGAGGCCUGCCAACCACUAGAGAUCAUUCAGGAAGCGGGGGAGAUCAUUCGUGUGCUCAGUGGUUGGCACCUUCAAGUUUAUAAUUUGGAAGACACCAUCUCUAUCAACCAUAACUGGUUGAAUGGCUGCAAUGUGUACAUUAUGUGGCAGUUUCUUCAGAACGAGCUGUCUGCUGUCCAGAGGGAGAUAGAGGAGUGGAGUAACACUUGGAGAUACAGUCAUCAUGAACUCUUGCUCUGGGAUUGACUACAGGGAGUUUGCCUCUUUCCUAAAGAUCAUCGCUGACAACCGCAUGUCUUUCUUGAGCUCUUGAAACACCUCUUCAAAUUACCCCCUGCAUCUUUCAGAUACCCUGACCACGUUAGGACCUCACCACGCUGCCUGUGACCUGCAGAGGAUGGCUCACAUUCUAGAAUGCAUGCUCUGCAAUUACUUUAACUGGAACAUACAACUCUGAGCUCACACACCACCCACCCGUAGAUUGCACUCCAGCAGGUAUAUCUCACUGGUCAUCCCAAAGCUUGUUCUUACUUUGGCCACCUUUCCUUCCAGUUCUCUGCUGCCAAUGAUUGGAACAAACUGCAAAAAUCACUGAAGCUGGAGACUCAUAUCUCCCUCACUAGCUUUAAGCACCAGCUGGUCAGAGCAGCUCCCCAUACUGUUUUUAUAUAUUUUGCUCCUUUGCACCCCAAUAUCUCUACUUGCACAUUCAUCUUCUGCACAUCUACCAUUCCAAUGUUUAAUUGUUAUAUUGUAAUUACUUCGCCACCGUGGCCAAUUUAUUGCCUCAACCUCCCUUAUCCUACCUCAUUUGCACACACUGUAUAUAUACUUUUUCUAAUGUACUAUUGACUGUAUUUUUGUUUAUUCCAUGUGUAACUCUGUUGUUGUAUGUGUCAAACUGCUUUAUGUUGACCAGGUUGCAGUUGUAAAUGAGAACUUGUUCUCAACUAGCCUACCUGGUUAAAUAAAGGUGAAAUUUAAAAAAACUGAA